AUGACUAACAAUACCCCCACACAUGCCAACCCAUCUGCGUUCCCCACACAUUCAUACCAAUCCAAGCAAAAAUAUACCCUUACACUUCGCUGGACGAUCAUAUUGGUUCCAAUAACUCUCAUCGCAAUUGGCGUGUCCACACAAUUUUUUAUUCAUCCAACGGCAUUUGAUGCCUUUUCGCCAACCUCAAUCCACGGGUGGAAAUCGUGGACCAAAAGCUUGACAGAUUGGUCACUGCAUGAGAGACACAAACCUACCGCGAACCUCUUGCAGCUCGCAGUAGUGUCUGACACAAGCUCGUUACCCUUCAUCAAGAGGAGCACACCUUCGGCUACCCCCGCACCCACCGUUCCAAUAAAUCCAACUUUGCCAACUCCAUUUCCCCAGCCUUAUGACACAACAUUGUCGUCAAAUUUCUCGACCACAUCGUGCUACAAUUUCUUCCUUAAUAUGACACAGACAGACGCUUUACGAUCCUGCCGCCCUUUCUCUUUGAUGCUCACUCAUUCUCAAGAAUUUACACAGGUACAAGAUGAUAUAGACGCAACGAACACGGAUAUUUGGGGGACGUGCAACACUGCUCUCUCCCCAAAUCAGUGUGAUCUGAACAUGGCGUGGUUUGCAUCGUCACUACGUUCUUCAUGUGCUACCGAUUUGAGUAACCAAAACCUCCUGGCAGUCAACGCAUUGAUAGGCCUUCAAGCAUUUGACUUGAUGCGGCAAGCGGCGUGUUCUGUGGAUCCCGUGGCAAAUGCAUAUUGUUAUGUCGAAGCUGUGGCGAGCUCUGAUCCUUCUAGCUAUUAUUUCUACCAGCUACCCCUCGGACAGACAGUACCCCAAAUCACCAGCGGGGCAUGUAACUCUUGCACCAAGAGUCUCAUGUCAAUGUAUUGGGCUGCUCUGAGCAGCGCAAACGCCACCAGCUUGACAGGGUUGCAGGCUACAUACGGUAGCGCGGCAACCAAACUGAACAAUGUGUGUGGAUCGCCUUACGCCCAAAUUACAACCGUGGCAUCGUCAGCGCCGCCGAGCGUCGAGUUGGCCGGUGUGGGAGGGGCCUGGGCUGUGCUGCUGGCUGUGGGUGUACUAUCAACUUCAAUGUCGUCAUAG